UGGCGGGAAAAUCUGGAGCAUAAAGCUAUGCCCUCUAUUUUUCCUCCCGAAUUUGGAUCGUCCUCGCCUGAUGGAAUCCGAUUCAGACUCCGAUGGGUCACACAUCUCUGCCACCCCUCCAAGAAACUCAAAACCACCAUCACCAUCACCAUCACCUCUUCCUUCUUCUCCGCCGCCGCAGCCACUUCCACAAAUUUUGUCCUCCUCUCACAAAUCCAGAACUAGGGUUAAAACCUCCUUCGGCUCAAAAAAAACCCCAAAACCAUUAACCAAAUCGCCUCCAAAACCCUCUCAGGAUGAACCUGCACCAAACCUCCCUCCGCCAUCCACUCUCCCCUUCCAGAUCUGUCAUCCUUUCGUUCAAAGCCGCCCCACGGUGCCCAUUUCCCUUUCCAUUGAAACGCUUCCUGCAGGCUACUUCUCAAAAUCCGCUUCCUUCUCCAAAAUCCAUAGACCCUCUCUCAAUUUCGAGAGCACCGAAAACGAUACUCGCCCUCAAAUUUCUGCAGGAGCUAAUUCCACUGAUCAUGUCUCGCAAGGAAACAAACCCAACUCCUUUAAGAAGCAUCCUAAUUUGAUAGGAGCUAAUGCGCCUUUGCUCCCUGCGAAAUUGCGCAAAUACAGUGUCAGUGAAGGAAAUUUUGUUAAGCUAAAUAUGAAUCGAAAUAAACGCAAGUUCUUGAACCGAAAAGCCACAAGUAAAAAUGGGUAUGGAUCAAGCGGCUUCAAAUCUUAUAGAAGAAGCAAGCGAAAACAGAAAGCCGAAAGGAAGAGUGUCUGCGAUGCCGAUCUUGAGGAUGGUUUAAUCAGUGAAAUUAUGGAACAGAAGCCGAAGCGGGGUAAGGGAAGCGAGGUAAUUGAGGAGGCAGUUUUUGCAGUUCAAAAUGAGGCGUCAGAUGAGAAUUUGGUGAAGCUGUUGAAUGUGAUGUACGGAUACGAUUCAUUUAGAGAUGGGCAACUGGAAGCAAUCAAGAUGGUGCUGGAUGGGAAGUCGACCAUGCUGGUUUUGCCUACUGGUGCUGGUAAAUCGCUGUGUUAUCAGAUACCCGCGAUGCUUUUGCCGGGGAUUACGCUGGUCGUGAGUCCAUUAGUGGCAUUGAUGAUUGAUCAGUUGAAACAGCUGCCUCCAGAGCUUCAGGGAGGCCUGUUGAGUAGCAGUCAGACAUCCCAAGAAGCCGCUGAGACACUCAGGCUAGUGAAAGAAGCGGCCAUAAAGGUCCUUUUUGUUUCACCAGAGAGGUUUCUAAAUGCAGAAUUCUUGCCAAAUUUUUCUGCCAUUUCUAUAUCACUUCUUGUGGUAGAUGAAGCUCACUGUAUUUCUGAAUGGUCACAUAAUUUCCGGCCCUCAUACAUGAGGCUCAGAGCACCUUUACUUCGUGCUAGACUCAAUGUUCAAUGCUUUCUAGCAAUGACUGCAACUGCCACUAAUACAACUUUGAAUGCUGUAAUGUCUGCUUUAGAGAUUUCUUCUGCUAAUCUUAUUCAAAAACCCCACAUAAGGGACAAUCUACAAUUAUCAGUGUCGCUGAGUGGAAAUAGAAUGAAAGAUUUGCUGAGUUUGAUGAAAUCUUCUCCCUUCAUGGAAGUCCAAAGCAUCAUUAUAUACUGCAAAUUCCAGUCUGAAUCUGAUAUAGUAAGCAGAUACUUAUGUGAUAACAAUAUCUCGUCAAAGAGCUACCACAGCGCUAUCCCCUCUAAGGAUCGUAGCCAAAUACAAGAGUUAUUCUGUUCUAACAAAAUUAGAGUGGUUGUCGCAACCGUGGCAUUUGGAAUGGGGCUUGACAAGAGGGAUGUUGGAGCUGUAAUUCAUUAUAGUCUGCCAGAAAGCUUGGAAGAGUAUGUUCAGGAGAUUGGACGUGCUGGACGGGAUGGAAGGUUGUCUUACUGCCAUCUCUUUUUUGAUGAUACCACUUACUGCAAGCUUCGGAGUCUAUUGCACAGUGAAGGGGUAGAUGAAUAUGCUGUAAGCAAGUUCCUAAGUUAUGUCUUCUCCAAUGGCAAGCAGGGGAAAAUUUGUUCAAUAAUCAGAGAAUCUGCUUCCCGCGAAUUUGAUAUGAAAGAAGAGGUUAUGCUCACACUUUUAACACAGUUGGAGUUGGGUGAAGUUCAAUACUUGCAUCUACUUCCAGAGCUAAAUGUAACUUGCACUUUGAAUUUCUAUAAGACUACUCCGGUGCUGUUGGCUGACAAGGAUAUCGUAGUUUCAGCAAUUCUUAAAAAGUCAGAAACAAAACAAGGGCAACACGUGUUCGACGUACCUACUGUAGCGAAUAGCAUUGGAUUUACAACUAUUGACCUAUCAAAUCACUUACAGAGUCUAAAGUUGAAGGGAGAAAUAACAUACGAGGUUAACAAUCCAGCCUAUUGCUACUCAAUAGUGAAGGUACCUGAGGAUUUUUGCUUCCUCUCAGCUUAUCUUACAAGAUGGUUAUCGGAGGUUGAACGUUUAAAGGUGCAAAAAUUGGAUGCAAUGUUUAAUGCUGCAGUCUCUGCUGUGAAUGAGUGUGAGAAGAUGCAAGGUUGCAAUGACUCCCAGCAUACACCUUGCUUGCAAAGAAAGAUUUUGGAUUACUUUAGAGAAGAUGGCCAAUAUGACAUCUCAAAUCAGAUGCGUCAAAGCAGCCCAUUUUUGCGAGCAGAUAUAAAGGUUUUUCUGCAGAGUAACUCACAGGCCAAAUUUACCCCUCGAGCCGUCGCAAGAAUAAUGCAUGGCAUUCCUAGCCCAGCCUACCCAUCUACAACUUGGUCUAAGACUCAUUUCUGGGGAAGGUACACGCAGAUAGACUUCCAAGUGGUUAUGGAAGCUGCAAAGACAGAAUUGAUGAAUUUUGUUGGGAAAAAUGCAUUAUAGCUUUUUAAUAUCAGGCAAGAUCUCCUGCUAGAUUGGAGAUGUACUGAAGGGUGCCUGAAUUAUCAUCAGCUAAUCAGAUGGCUUGUUCUUAUUAAGCUGAUUUUUAGCCAAUGAGAAGCAGAACUGUUGAUUGGGAAUCGAAUAUGCAACUUACAAAAGGAGAUGCAUCCUUUAGUCUGCAUAUGGCAGCACCGAUUCACAGAUGACUUUGGAAAUCAAAUUGCAAUGGUUAUAAAGUUACUGAAGGGGUAAGUCCUAGGAAGUUGGAGUGUUGCCACUGUCCUGAUGCAUUUCCUACUUGGCGACAAAUGCAAAGCCAAAAGUAGGAGACCAGAAGGGGAAUUAUUUCUCCAGUUUUGCGUAGUUUGAUAUUAUUAUUAUUAUUAUUAUUAUUAUUAUUAUUAUUAUUAUUAUAAAAUCAGAGCAACGGGAACUUAGAAAAUUGGAUGUGUGGAUAGUGAUGUUUUAGCACACGAAGUACAAGUUAACAGAUCAGGAUUAUGCUAUUAUGCUAUUUUAAAAAAUAUAUAUAUAAAAUUCAAUAAAAAUAGAUGGUAUUGUGAAUCAAGUUAAUAAGGUAUUAAACAAUAAUAAUAAAUUAAUAAUUAAAAAGGGUAUUAAAGUGAUGUAUACGCAAGGGGAUGUUGUAGAGGGUAGAAGUUCAUCCAACUUGUAUUAAAACAGGAAAGGUAAAGACAUGAACUUUGUAGAGCCUCGCGGGCAAUUCUUUCCUUUCAAUAAGAUGUUAAAUUACAAUACCAUGUUCGGCACGAUCAAAGGAGACCACGAUUUAGAGGAUGGUAAUUUUACCUUUUCUUUUUUUUUUUUUUUAAUUUUUUGUUUUUGUGUACGUCUAUAAUAAAUAAUAAUUUCCUUGUAUAAUUCAUGAAUACUACCAAGCUUUCAACGAUUGACAAA